CGGGACUUCUGGAACAACGCCCUGCAGUGCAACUGAGUGCAAACCACAGAAGAGAAGAGGAAGAGUUGGAAUUGGAAUUCCUCCAUGUCUGGAGAGUGGAAAUUGAAUGUGACGUGUCACCAACAGGUAGCAUACACUGCUGCACAAACUGUACAGAUACAGAUGACACUAGUCACAGAAAUGUUAGUGUCUGGGAGAAAGAGAAGAGAAGAUCUAUGGAUGCAUUUUACAUUUGAUGCUAAGGAGAACAAGACCCUUUGCAAACCAUGUGGAGUGGCAAUCACUGGUAAAAAUACAACAAACUUGAAGCGUCAUUUGCAGAUGAGUCAUCCCGAAAUUCAUACAAAGAUACAGAAAACAUCCAAUGAUGGGCCAAGUCAAGCCAGUGCACCACAGCAAAAUAUUUACACAGCUCUUGUAAGUGCUUCAAAAUACAAAAUUGACUCUAAGGAACAACAGGCCAGGGAGGAUGCCAUAGCAAAAUGGAUUGGGCGCACUGGAUUACCAGUCAGAACGAUUGAAGAUGAGGACUUUGUUAACAUGAUGGCGACCGUAGAUAGGAGACUGAGUGUUCCAAAGAAAACUAAAAUAAAUAAUCUGAUUGACAAACAUUAUGAAGAUGAAAAACAAAAAUUCAAAAAGAGACUGGCUGCUGCCCGGAGAGUAUCUAUUUGCACUGAUUUGUGGACAAAAAAAGGACUAACAGCUUCAUUCCUUGGUAUAAGUGCGUGCUACUUUUGUGUUGACCAAAAUAAAGCUGAUCACAUAUUGUUGGCCCUUGAACAAGUAGCACACCCACACACUGCACAGUCAAUCAAAUCAUGUGUGGACAAAUGCUUGCAAGAGUGGGACAUACCAAAGAAGAAGAUCCUUACAGUGAUAACAGACAAUGGGAGUAAUAUGAUUACUGUGUGUUUUGUUGAUUUUCUCUUCGGUUAA